AUUAAGGUCAGAGAGUCCCUUGAACAAUCGCCUUCACUGCGCGUGCCAAUGUCCUCUUGAAAUUUUUUUGUAAUGAUUUUGCUUUUGGUUAGUUGAUCUCUGAGUCACACAAAUUCACUGUUUGUGUUUAGCUAGCUCUUUCUAUUAUUGCCUCUCUGUCUCUCUCUCCAUGAGCUUGUUGCCACCCAGACAAAGAUUAGAACAAAUCUUGGACACCAGCAUCCUGGUCUCAAUUUUUGGUGCAAUAAUGUGCAAGUGGGUUUUUGGAUUUUCUUUCUGAUGAUAUCCGUAUUUACAUCUGUGAAAUCCUCAGUUGAAGGGCCAUUGUUUUUGGGGUUUUUGGAGGAGAAGAUGAAGGAUUUUCCUGGGGCUCCUGGAACCUUUACAGGGCUUGUUCUAAGGGUUUCUCAGUGCUUGUUUGCAGCUGCUUCUAUUGCUUCCAUGGCCACCAGUCACAAUUUCUUCAAAAUCACUGCCUUCUGUUACUUGAUUGCUUCAAUGGCUUUGCAAGUCAUCUGGAGUUCUGGACUUGCAUUCUUGGAUGCAUAUGCAUUGGCAAAGAAGAAGGUCCUCCACAGCAAUGCCCUGGUCAGCCUCUUCAUGGUUGGAGACUGGGUUACAGCAGCAUUAUCCCUUGCAGCAGCUUCUGCCUCAGCCGGCAUAGCGAUGCUGUACUUCAGUGACUAUGGGACCUGCAAUUUAGGGGAGGAAUGCCAGAAGUACCAAAUGUCAGUGGUUUUGGCAUUUUUUAGCUGGAUAACCAUUGCAAUAUCUUCUCUUGUUAUGUUUUGGCUUCUGGCUGCUGGAUAGAACCUGAUUAUUUCCGCCAUUAUUAGCUUCCCUGCCAUCCUACUGCCCUAGUUGUGAAAUAUUUCCGAGCCAAUAAUCUCUGUAUGGUAUGCAUAUGAAAGGAAAUUAUUCAUCGACUUCCUGAA